GCUCCUUCGCCUCUGCUGGAAUCCUCUCUAGUUCUCAACCAGUGAGUGGUCAAUUUUAACCUAACCAUCGAGUUAGUGUUUUCUCUUUCGUUUGCUCUGCCGCCUCUCCACCGUCUCUGAUAUCGAAUCAUUGGGUUUGUAGCUGCAACUCAACCGGAUUGCUUCUUCUUCUUUCACCCAUGGCGGAAGCGCAGAGCGAAAAAGUCCCUUCCUUAGCUGAGCGAUAUGCUUUGAAAGAAAAGGAGGAGAAUGUGAAGGUACAAGAGGUGGAGAGCUCAGAAAAUCCUGCUCCCGCUAAAGUUGUGAAGAAUGAACCACCUGUGGAAGCUGAUGUUGAUCAAGGCGGUGACAGUGCUCCUGCCGAUGAAAACAAUGAAGAUGCUUCGGCAGCUGCUGCUGUAGAUGACUCUGAAACCAAUCCUGCUGCUGAAAACGACAGUGGAACUGCUGAUCAAGAAAGCAGCGGAGCUGGAGAAGAGGAAAAUCAAGAGAGCACAGAUGAGCCGUCGGAGAUUAAGCUCGAAACAGCACCAGCAGAUUUCCGGUUUCCCACUACAAAUCAAACUAGGCAUUGCUUCACACGCUAUAUCGAGUUCCAUCGAUGCACAGCAGCGAAAGGGGAAGGUGCUCCAGAGUGCGACAAGUUUGCGAAAUAUUACCGUUCUCUUUGCCCAAGUGAAUGGGUGGAGAAGUGGAAUGAGCAAAGGGAGAACGGAACCUUCCCAGGUCCACUGUAAGAGUUUGCCACAUGCUGCCGUACCCGAGUCAUCUCUGGGGAAUGUUCUCUUUCAAACAAUGAGUUAAUAAUUAUCGGCUGGUUUUGGUGUUUAUUCAAAUCCAUUUGCAAGCAAGUUUUGUUGAUGGACGCAUUUUUUAACUUGGGUUCUGAAUACAUGCUAAAUCGUUUUCCAUACUAAAACCCUGUUUCCUCCAAUACCCACAUGGAGCCAGAACUCCGGCUGUAAUCUUAGAUUGCACUGAUUGAUGUUUCAAUGAAGGAUUCCAAUAAUAAGCUGUAGAAAUGAUCUUUUUAUA